AUGGCGGAGGAGAACCAGGAAUGGGAGGACCAGGUGCUGGAGGAGGUGCUGGAGGAGGACUACGAGCCGAACGAGGAAGAGGUGAAGGAGUACGCGAACUACCUGGGCAUCGACCUCGCGACGGAGCCGGAGCUGUUGUGGGUGGCCUGGCAGGGCCUCACCACGCCGCUGCCCGCGCAGUGGAAGCCCUGCAAGACCAAGGACGAGCGCGUAUACUACUUCAACUUCAACACCGGCGAGUCCGAGUGGGAGCACCCCUGCGACAAGAUCUUCAAAGAGCGAUGUCAGGUCGAGCGCAAGCGCCUCAUGGACUGCCGCGCCCGGGGCGUGCCGUACGAGCCCCCCUCCGACUCUGGCCUCGACCCCGCGCACCCCGACGACGCCGCCCCCGCCGAGCAGGAGCGCCCGUCCCAGCUGAGCUCCGCGCACGGCCAGGGCGCCGUCGCGAGCUCGCACCCGGACUCGCAGGACCGCACGAGCUCGCAAUUCGGGCUGGAUUACGAGUUGCAUCAGCGCGUGAGUGCCCCCCUGGGGGUGGGGGGGGUGGCGCGGGGGCCGUCGAUGCAGCAGCGGCAGGCGGUGGAGGAGGCGCGGGAGCAGCGGGAGGCGGCGGCGGCGGUCGAGACGCAGCGGAGGUCGCAGCAGCAACAACAGGCUGGCGUGCGGCCACAGGCCGGGGCGGCGCAGACGGCGACGCUCCCGGGGCUCGGGCAGCAGAAGCUUGGGCUCGCUCCGUUGGGCGCGCAGCGGAGGUCGCAGGGGAGCGGCGGCGCGGCGCAGGUGGCCACGCAGCUGCAGCAACAACAAGAACAAAAGCAACAGUCCGUCUUGCAGCCACCGUUGCAACAACAGCAGCAGCAGCAGCAGCAGCAGCAGCAGCAGCAGCAGCGGAUGGGAACCGGUGGAGCGAUGGCACAGGCGUUCGCGGACGAGCCCGACGACUCCCUCGAGCUCUACUCGGACGACGACGUCCUCGGCACCUCCGGCGCCGCGACCCGCUACCAGUCGGGCGGCGGGUCCAGUGCGGUGCGCAGCCUGCCGCGCGGCACGACGCAGUCCGCGGCGACCGCCGCGGCGGCCCCGGCGCCCGCGCAGAGCCGCACGGCGGCGUCCGUCCCGCUCACGGUCUCGAGCGCCGGCAGCGACGCGCGCGCGGCGGCGGCGGCGGCGGAGGCGGAGCGGCUUCGUGCGGCCGUGGACGGGCUGGAGGAGCGCGUGCGGGCGCUCGCGGCGCGGAAGACGGAGCUUGAAGCGAGCGAGGCGACGCUGAGCGCGGAGGUGCGGGCGGCGGCGCAGCGCGUGGGGGACGCGAAAGGGCGCGUGCGUGAGGCCGAGGCGGAGACGGCGCGGGUGCAGGAGGCGGUGGAGGCGCGGCGCGAGGAGGCGAAGGCGGCGUUGGCGGAGCAGCGGAAGGUCGAGCAGAGCAUCGCGGAGGCGAAGGAGCUCCUGGAGCGGCGCCGGCGCGAGAACGAGGAUCUCCAGGCGCAGCUCGCCGCCGCCGAGUCCGACGCCACGCGCGCCCUCGACGACGCCCGCGCCAAGCAACGGUCUGACCUGCGCCAGCUCGAGGCCGAGCACGAGCGCGCGCUGCAGGACGCGCGGCUCGCCGGGGAGCGCCGCCUGCUCGAGGAGUCCCGCGAGAUCGAGGCCCGGCGGCGCGAGGAGCUGCGCGCCGCGGAGGACGCGGCCCGCGAGGCCCUGGCGGCGCGUCGCGCGGAGCUAGAGGCGCAGAGCGCGAGGGAGGUGGCGGAGCGCGAGGCGCAGCUGCGGCGGGGCGCGGAAGAGGCGCUGGCGCGGGCGGAGGAGGGGGUGCGGCGGGAGCGGGAGGCGCGGCUCACCGCGAUGGGCGCGGAGCAGGAGCGCAGCGUGCGGGCCGAGGUGGCCGCGGCGACCGAGGUGCUGCGGACGAAGCUGCAGGAGGAGCGGAGGGGGAAGGUGGAGGCCGAGGUGGCCAAGGAAGCAGAGGCGCUCCGCGCGCGGCUGAUGGCCGAGGUCCGCGCCACGGCCGACGCCGACGCGCGCGCCAGCGGCCCCGCCGUGCGCCGAGAGCUCGAGCUGCAGCUUCGGUCGGAGAUCCAGGCCGAGCUCGAGUCCGCGAACACGCGCCAGAAGAUCCGCGACGAGGAGAUGAACGCGCUGCGCUCGGACGCGCGGCUCGAGCUCUCGCGCGCCGGCGCCGCGGCCCGCGCCCGGAGGGAGGAGCUGGACGCGCUGCGACGCGAAAUCGAGACAGAAGUCCGCGCCGUCGAGGCGCGCCGGCUGCGCGACGCGGCCGAGGCGAACCUGCGCCGCGAGAUCGAGGCCGAGGUGCGGCGCGACGCCGAGGGGCCCUACCGGGUAGAAAUCACCAAGCGCGUGCGCACUGAAGUCGAGGACGGGCUGCGCGCGGAGCUAGAGGGCGAGAUGCGGCGGAAGCACAUGGAGGAGCUGAGGCGCGAGGUGGAGGCGGCGACGCGGCUCGCGCUGCAGGGCGAGGCGCGCGAGCGCAUCGAGACGGAGCUGCGGGAGGAGCUGCGAGCGCGGAUGAGGGCAGAGGAGGAGCCCGCGAUGCGGGAGGCGGUGCGGAGCGAGGUGCGGCGGGAUUUGCACGCGCAGCUGCGGUCGUCGGUGCUCGCGAUGGCGGAGAUCGAGGCGGACGUGCGCGGGCGGCUGGUGGGGGAGUACUACGAGACCCUCCGGGGGAGUUCCAGCGUGACGCACAGCGCGUACGAGGAGGCGAAGCUGCGCGUGCGGCGGGAGGCGCUCGCGGCGCUGUCGGGCGGGUUCGGCCCGCGUGGCGUCGGGGACGCGGCGACGCUGGUGCGUCAGGAGGUGCAGGCGCUGCAGCAGCAGUUGGUGAGGGGGGGUGUUGGGGGGAGUGCGGGGGUCGGGGCGCCGAGGCUGCUGCUGGGCGCGGCGACGACGGGGAGCCGGGCGCUGUACUGA